AUGCCUCCCCGAGUCCUGCUCCUAGCUGGCGCGCCGUCGCCAUCUCUUCUAGACGAAGAGAAAUGCACUAUUCAAAAUUUCGCCGAGCCGUUUCGCGAAUUCAUCAAACCGGCUGGCGAUGAUGCUGCGUCUAGCAGCAGCAGUCAUCGCCCCUCGCCAGCGAGCAUUGCGCCCAUGUGGCGAUCACUAUCGCUACAUCGGAAACCACUGCACACUGGAUUCAGCCAGGCGCACAACUUCCUAGACCUUUCCUUUCAUGGCGCCUACAAAGACGACGGCUUCUUCUGCCCUUCGUCCCUGACGUCCUCCCACGGCGGGGACGACGCCGCCAGACCCGAGUCCGACGAAGCCGCCUUUGGCGAGUUUUGUGAGCAAUCGCUCGCAAUCCACAACUCGUUGCCUUCCUCCCAGCUAGACGACGGUGAAAACACCACCACUACAUUCCUCGACGAAACUUCCUUUCUCUCCACCUCGACCACCACCACCAACGCUGCCGGCGCACCGCCACGACCAGCGGCACCAGACAUCCCCCCCGCCCAUCUCUCCGACCUGGAGGACGUCCCCUCAGCGAGGCAAGUCAUCUCGCUGCAGCCGCAGACCGUCACGCUCAACAUAAUCGUCGGCAUACUAUCCAUCGCGCAGCCUCGCUCCGUCACGACGCGCUGGUGCCAGACCCUCUCCCUCGUCGAGGUGCUCCUCGGUGACGACACCAGAUCCGGCUUCGCAGUCACCUUUUGGCUGUCAAAAGAGGCAGCGGCCUCUGGCGACUUGCUCAGCCUGCGCCGCCAGGACGUGAUCUUGCUGCAGAACGUUGCGCUGCAUGUGUUCCGCGGCAGGGUCUACGGCCAGAGCCUGCGGCGCGGACAGACCAAGGUGCAUCUGCUAUGGAGCAAGAGGAAGGACGCACGGGCUUCUUAUACUUCAAAAGCGCUGGCGGCGGCGACCGCAGACGGGGCGGAUAAUCCGCAGCUAGUCAAAACAAAGGUGGUGCGGGAUUGGGUGAUACAGUAUGUCGGCACUGACCCGGAAGUCAAGGGCCAAAACAAGCAUAAAGUGUGGGAUCGGCCACCUGAAGAUACUCAGUAA